UCUCGAGCACAUCCAUUCGUCCCCUCACCAAAGUACGGUGAAGGGAAUCAAAUCACCCAGGGUCGCUCCCAGCUCAGAGUUUGGGGAACUGGGACGCACACCGAUGAGCAUCCAGGUCCAAGGCCGGGUCCUGCCUGGAUGCUGGACACCGAUCCCCCUUGAGCUCUGCUGGUGUGGCGUUCAGACCGCAGACCCCAGAGCGGGCUGACGUGCUUGCCGAGGCCCGCGUGUCACCAGCUCCCCGGUUCCCUCGCGCUUUCCAGGCGCUCGUGGCCCAACCGUCACUCGAGCAGCGGAUGCUUGGAUUUGGCCACCUCCGCCGAGGUCUGAAACAUCAGAAGUUGAAACGGGGCGAGAAGUCACCUCCCGCCCGUGCCUCUCAGCAUGGGCAGCUACCUGGGCAAAGCGGGAUCCUCGCCGCGGUCCCCAGCUCAGGGACGCGCAGACGCACGGGAGAAGCCUGCGACCCACCGACCCGCUAGGCCCCUCUACCAGGUCCACCGUGUGCAGCAUGUCCACCGCGCCCAGCCCGCCCGGAGACACAGGCCGGCUCGGAGGCCGCCCAACUGGGAUCCUGCCAACCCUGCGGCUUUCGUCAGUGAGGCCUGGAGGCGCUUCCCCAUGAAGAGACCACAGAAUCCCAUCAUGGGCUCUCUUCCUUCAGACUGGUGGGAAAGUUACCUGAAGCGUAAUAUUUGGUCCCUUCGUCACCCUCGGGCCACAUGGAGUCCGGUGACAGUCAAGAUCUCGCCUCCAGAGCGGAGACCACGGCCUUUGUUCCCAGCCUCAAGAGUGGUGAACUCCGCGGGACCUUCCGAGGAGCCACCAGGCCCCUGUGGGAAGGACCCGGUGCUGAGGGCCCUCCUCGAGUGCAGGAAGGGCAGAGUCAGGUGGGAAGAGCCACUGUUCCCUGACAGCUCCGACAGUCAAAGGAAUUCGGCCACCGUUUGGUCUGCCUUUAGGCCCCUGUUGAAAAGUGGAGCCACUGUUUCGUUUGUGGCCAGGCCUGGGUCUCUGAAAAGGAGCCUCCAUGCCCAGAGCUCAGAUCAUAUAUGUAAGAGGUCCAGUUGCUCCUCCGUGGCCCUCUUGGCCAGCAUACACACCCGAGGCCCCCCCAGCACGAAAAGAAAUGCUAUUACCAGCUCUUACAGUUCUUCUAGAGAUCUCUCAGAAUCUUGGAAGAGACAUUUUUCCAGGACAACAGUCCAGACUCCAGAAUGGCCAUUGAAAACGACAGGAAAGAGUCCUAAUUCUCACCUCUUAGUGACACCCAGCAGCUCUGGACAGCUAAAUGAAAAGAUUCCUCUACUGCAAUCUAGUCCUAGGGACCUGCUGACUCUACCUUACCAGCAAGGUCCUGUUGUCACGGAAGAGGACCCACCAUUAGAGGGGCAAGCUGUGCAGAGCAACCAAACCACAGAAGCUACAACUGGGGCAGCUAUAGACCCUGUUUCAGAGAUCAGGGCUGGUAUUCAGCCUUCCUUGUCUCUCAGUCGGUCUUCUUCUGAAACAGUACUUAGUACCCACGAGAACCCUCAGCUGGAAAACUUAAAGAAUAUGCCUGACUCACGUGGGUGCUCACAGUUAGAGCACAUUCAAGGCAUCUCUUCAGACUCAAAGCCCUCAGUUGCUUCCAUCCAGGCGUCUCCAAGCUCUCCCACCACACCAGUCACUGAUUCUACCUGGCCAUCUUCAAUCCCUCAGGCUCACAGGUCUGCUGUGCCCCCACACUCAUCUGUCAUUAUCCCCUCAGCACCUACCACACAAAGCGCUUUGGUUGGGGUGGUGAGUAACCCAAUUCUCCAUCUUCCUGCAUCUGCCCUUCCUAUGGAGACUUCUCCUCACUUGGCAUUAAGACCUGUUUGGGGGCCUGUGCACAGUACUGAGGUUAGAACUGCCUCCUCAUACUCCAGAAUUUCUGUCAUGGCUAAGGCAUCUUCAAGCUCUUCUCUCUCCACAACUCCAGGUAUCUUAAGGCCCACCUUCAAGCCCAUCUUUGGCAGUAUAGAACCGCUUAAAUCUAUGUCCGAGACAGUUCCUGUGUCUGCCAGUCAGCCCUCACCUUCACUGAGUUCUGAUUCUACCCAUCUUUUCCACAGCCUAGUUAGCACAGCCCCCUGUGUGGUGACAUCUGCCAUUCCAGCCAGCACAUCCAAAGACCCUGGUGUGGAUUUGAACAUAGUGACCAGCACCAUGGGCACCUCUCGCUCUGUCCCUUCUUGCGAGACUUUCCUGCUUGGAGCUUCCCAGGACUUUCCUUCAGCCACUGAUUUGAUUUUCCCUUCCCAAGAGCCCACGAUUCCCUCUGUACACACGGUCACUAUCUUUAGCCAGGUUCUUACUAGUGCCAUCAAGAUAUCCCCUCUUAGAAGCACUGAUAAACGGAAGGGGGUGAGCAGCCCUCUGGCAACUUUGGGCUUAUCAUCCACAAACCAGCCUCCAGUGACCUCAAGCGUCUCCAAUGUGACUUCAGCACUCACAGCAUCUUUGGGGUCAAGCCCAAAGCGACUUUUUCCACCAUCCCAAAGAAAUACUUCUCAACCUUCACCAGGGGCCAUAGAUGGGCUAAAGCAAUCUUCUCUCCAACUAGCCCCUGCCCAAAGCUUCAGUACCUCUUUCCUUUCAGAGAACUCAGGUGUGUCCCCAGCCCAGAUGUUACCACCUGCUCAACUGGUCUUUAGCAAGACCACACAGCCAGCUUGUGGGGGGCUAACAUCUUCAGCUCCCAUCAUCCACACUCCUGCCACCAGCCAGCCAGGCUGUGGCAACACUCUGGCUGGGUUUCCAUUCAGCAAAGCUAGUUCUACUGCCCUUAGGGUUGUCAGGCAGAACCAUCAGAGUGGGACCUAUAGUUCAGCAUUUGGCAGCACAGCCCCGAGACCUUUUGCAUUUGGAGGAUUAGUGACCCCUAUGGAUUGUGGGGAGCCUGAGGUCAUUGUAGCUGCCCCACAAAGGAACAUUUCUGGAGCAAGACAGAAUGUGACCCCAAGCACCCUAGCUCCCUUUGUGCAAUGCUGGAACCAGAGCAUGCAGGGCCCCCCUAACCAGAUCACACCUUUGGCUGGCAUUCCUGCAAGAAAGACCAUGGCUGGGGCUCCCUCCCUUGUCCCCUUUGCUCAGAGUACCCCUGUACCUGGAGCAAUUAAGGCAGGUAGCAGUCUUGGCUCUGGGAUGUCCUCUCCAACUGUGCAGGGUUCUGUGGGGAGAGAUCUGUUCAGAUCACUGGAACCUUCCUUCUGUAUUGGUACAAAAUCAAAGACCCUUAGGAACCGGGAGCCAGGGCGCUCCCGAAAGCAUCACACUUACAAGAAGUAGCCACUCUCUCUGUCACACUGCAACAAAGAGCCUCGCUCUCUUCCAACUCUCUCUCUGUAACAAACAUGUCCAAGACCCAAAGUGAAAGCUGUAGGUGUUCCCUCUGUGUGUCAUAAUCUAAGUCUUCCAAGAAGGCAGACCACCAAUGUGUCAUCAAGCGCUGGCAGAGAAUGGGGCUGCACAAGACUAAAACCACAGGAGCAGAGUAGAAACUUUGACUUCCUUUCCACCCACUCCUCUCUGUGAGCUCCACAGGGGCUCAGCCUCCCAUUUGAAUAAUGGCCAUGGCAGAAAGAUAACAAGCAUCUUUUUUUUUUGGGGGGGGGGGGGAUAGAUAGGUUGAUUCUACAUCUUAGCCUCUCUGUAUUGGGCUCUAAGAAGUGCUUGCCUACCUUUAACCUUACAGAGACACCAAGUUCUCAGUUCUCAGUGCUUGUUCCUCCGGGGCUUCCUGGGAGUGUUUGGGUGUGAUCUGAUCUGUCUCCAUUCUAUUCUUGAGGAUCAAGGCUAUCUCUGAGGAUUUCCCUCUUUGCUCCACCUUCUCUAUAAAGUUGCUCCAAUCUUUUCCCAAAAAGGUAGUGGCUUAGUCCCAUCCUUCUUUAGGUCAAUUUAAUGUACAAGACUAACUAAUGAAGAUUCAGCCUGUCAGAUCUGAAAGAAAGGUCAUCCCUCAGUACAGGAAGGGAAGGCUCUUGGCGAGUUCCCUCCAGGAUCAAAGCAGGCCCAUCCCUCUUUUCUAUCCACUAGUUUCUCCACUUGCUGCCCUCCACUUGGCCUUCACGGGAGACUUCAUCUUCUCACUCUUGGUUUCUGGUGUAUGUGGUUGUUGGGUUUGGAGGAAGAAUGAUCUGUAGGAGUGGUGUGAAGUUGGCAAAGCAAAACUUCAAUUGCAUAAAAGUCCACCUGCAGCUUGACUGAUGGGACUGACUAGCACUGCUUCAGGUUGCAAGGCUGACUCACUCUAGGUGCACAGCUGCAGUGUGACCUUAAAGGAUGGAUUAUCAGGGAGCCGAAAGGCAGGGGAGAAAGAUGGCCAGGAUGCUGAAACCUUCUUUCUUGUUUUCUACACCAUAAACCAUACUAGGAACUGCAAAUGCCCAAGUUGAGAAAACAAAACUUACAUUUCAUUUUUACUUUCUUUUUAUUGGUGCUUCAUCAAAUCAACCCUUUCAAUAUUCACAUCUUUCUCCUAGAGGAUCAGCAGGGCAUGAAACCCUUAGGCCAAGCAACAAAGCAUGGAAAGGUGAAAACACCAGGCAUCUAAGCUGACUCCAGCUCUCAGGCCAGUAGGAAGUGCAUGUGUAAGCUGGAUAUCUUCCUUGGCACUUCUUAGCACCUCCACACACGAAGGCAUACAUGCUUCUUUGGGUACAUUUAUUACAUAUUUUUUUAUUUUAUUUUAUUUUAUUUUAUGGGUACCUUGAAGAAAAUCUAAUUGAAAAAGUAAUCGGCCUUAAAUUGAAUGAUGAAAUAAAAAUAUAUUGUUGGAAAAAAAAGUCUAUGAUACAGGAAUUACUGUCAAGCUCAUAUAGGUAACAGAGCAGAAAAAAAAUAUUAACAAAUAUGCCUGAAGCCACUUAGAAAAGACUAGAUUUGAACUCUAGUGAUUGCAGAUGUGACUAUUUCUCACUCUCUAAUCACCAAAGUUAGAACUGCCUGACUCCAAAUAUCUAUGGUAGUUGGCAUUCAUCUGUCUGUUUGUUUAUUUGUGUCUAUGUGAGCUAUUGGAGCUUGAAUCUAGGACCUCACAAACGCAAGUACUUGACCAUUUAGUUACAUUCUUAGUCCUGUUUCAACUUUAAGGGGUUUCCAUAUUAUGGCUGCAUAAUGUGUGCACUGCCACAUGUGUCGGUGUCACACGAUCAAGGUCAGGGGAUUGCCUUGAUGAGCUUCUCUCCCUCUCCCAUGUGGGGUCCAGGUUUUAGGGACUGAGCUCCUAUCACCAGACUUGUGUGGCAAGUGCCUUAACCCAUGGAGUCCAGUUUCAACUUUUAAAGACACUCCCAUGGUUGAUAUCUUGCUGAAAGAGGACAGAAAGAAAACUAGACACUACCCUCUGCUCUUUACAUUGUAUAGAGAUAGUGUAUGACUUGCAUAGUUCUUGGUCCUGGUCAUUCAGUGGUCAAGAACAAUUCCUAUUUAGGGCAAUAGGAAUUUAGUAUAGAAUUGCUAAACAGCUGAUGAUUCUAACACAAGGGACAAGGGCCUAGAAAUGAGAGUGGACAGAGGAUUAUCUUGACCAUGGCUGACACUAAACUUGAACUCUGCCUGUCUGCAUUGUAACAAGAUGGAUAAUCUUAUUGCAGGCUAACCACAAACCAUGUGCUCAGACAGGAAAGGAAGGUCAUUAAGAUGUAUUUAGAUAUCUUCCAAAACAGUCAUGUUUAGAUAGCCAUGGUGAGCAGAAAAAAGUGGACAUGACUGUAACCCGUACGAUAUAUAAUGCAGACAGCAUCCUGAAUACAAUAGGUAGCUGUGAAAAUAGACUGAGCAGCAUAGAAGCAGGUCUAUACUUGAAUUUUAAAUUACUCUGGCUGUUCUGUGAGGAGAAAAUAAAAUAGGAAAAGACUGGGUACUUAAGGGUGUUUGUAAGAGACUUUUGGGGUAGCAGAAACACUAAAAACUGUAAGAUGGGGAGGGGUGGGGAGUGGUAGUAGAAUGUCUUCCUAGAAUGCAUGAAGCCAUGGAUUUUAUCCCCAGCACUGAAGAACUACUUGCAGUAGCAUACAUCUAUAACCCCAGCACUGCAGAGGAGAGCAGAAGUUCAAGGCCAUUCAUUCCCCUAGGGUUGCGAUAUUCAGAACUUUGUUGAAAGGAAGAAAGGAAGGAAG